UUCUGACUUACGUCAGUGUGGGUGUCUCAGUCUCGGCAGCCAUUAUUCUACGUAUAAUAUUAUAUUUUUUUGUGUUUUGUGGUGUACUUCAUUUCAAACAAAGAAAAUAACUAUUUAACUUACUUUCUGCUAAUAACAUUUUCGUUACAUUAAAUUUAUAGUACAAAAUGAAUCCAGAAUACGACUACUUGUUUAAACUACUCUUGAUUGGAGACUCAGGUGUCGGCAAGUCCUGUCUGUUGCUUCGAUUUGCUGAUGAUACGUAUACAGAGAGCUACAUCAGUACUAUUGGUGUGGACUUUAAAAUUAGGACUUUAGAUUUAGAUGGAAAGACAAUAAAGUUACAAAUAUGGGACACGGCAGGACAAGAGAGAUUCAGAACAAUCACAUCGUCCUACUACAGAGGGGCACAUGGAAUCAUUAUUGUAUAUGACUGUACAGAUCAGGAUUCCUUCAGCAAUGUGAAACAGUGGUUGGAGGAGAUUGACCGUUAUGCCUGUGACAGUGUCAACAAGCUACUGGUCGGCAACAAAUGUGACCUCACUACCAAGAAAGCGGUUGAUUAUACCACUGCUAAGCAAUAUGCAGAGCAGUUGGGUAUCCCGUUCCUGGAGACAUCGGCCAAGAACUCAACGAAUGUUGAACAAGCGUUCAUGACUAUGGCCGCUGAGAUAAAGGCUCGUGUUGGCCCGCCUUCAGCCGGCGCGCCCGCCGCCGCCGCUGUCAAGAUAGAUCAAGGACGUCCCAUCGACACUAACAGGACCUCCUGUUGCUGAACAAUAAUCAUGCUGGGGGCGGUAGCACCAGCAGUUAUGCAAUUACCACAAAAAAAAUUUGAUCGCAUCCCUAUUAUAAAUAAAAAUUAUAUAUAUAGUGCCCGAGCUCGAUCGCUCAUAAUGUUAUAAGCUGACUCCUUUUAAGUUGCUAUUGUCCAAUAUUAGUUAAAAGGAAAGUGGUGGAAUGGAUGUAUGUUUAUACAUGUUUAUAUAUAAUGAAUAUCGUAGGUUAACUUCGUGCUGUAUUCCAGGAGAUGUUAUAACUAAGAGCAACUAAAUACGUUAGUGUUGUACGGUCUGUCAUAACGGAGGGAGCUUUUAACAAAAUGGUGAAGCUCCAACGGUACACAACUUAUGCAAUAAUAUGAUAUCCUGUAAUCGUUUGGGCCUUCAUCAUGAUGUUAAUUGUGUAAAAAAAACUUGUUAUGCAAAUUGUAGUAUCGAAAUCCAUUUCCGGUUUUCUAAUAAAAAUAAUUUGCUCUUUUUAUGUUGCAUUUUACUUAAAUGUCACCGAGGUACUAAUUUCAUUAUUUUUUUUAAUUGUCUGCACUGGGUGUUAAAUCGUAUUUAAUAUUUAUGUAUAGUACUGGGGUUGUGCUGUGUUCAAAAAUUUUGUGUUAGUCAUACUCACUUGAAUUUCAGUAGGAAUUUUUAACACAAAAUUGUAGAUAAAGCAUAUUGGCCUUAGUGAAAUUAGACAGAUUUAUAGAUAACAUACAUAGCCAUCGAUUACAAUGGAAACAUAGUAUUAAAUAAAAGACAUUCAUAUACCAACAUCACCAUCGUAUGUGAUAGUGUUGCCUAACGUUUUAAAUACAAUUGUACAAUAAGUAGUGAUGGAAAAAUUUUAACCGAGUUGAAGCCACAUUGAGUGUGUUAAACAUGAGUGAAUUUUAAAACGCACACUCAUUGUAUUGUAACUUAUUACACAUUAAUAAAUAAUGUUAUUUUAUAAAAAAAAAAAAAACAAAUAUUAAGUAAUAUUAAAUAAUUGCAUUUGUUAUUUAAAAUGUUAGGCAGAAGAUGUUCCGAUCGUUUACAACUAACUCGUGUCGUUAUUUUUGUACUAUUGUGAUGAGUUAACUUAUAAAUCCGCUGACCCACUGUAAUUCUGUAUUGAGGGUUUCUUAGAAAUUAAAACAGUAUGCUAUUUAA